AAAAUGAGAAAAGCAAAUUACUGUGUCCCUGUUCCAAGGGGAAGUAUCACCCAGAAGGACAGCAAGAGGAAAAGCAACAAUGUUGAGGUUUGCUGUUGCCUUCUUCGCUGUCAUAACUUCAUCUACCUGCAAAAAGUACAGCUGUCUGGACGGGGGAACUCACAAACUGAAGCCAGGUCCUGAGCCAAACAUGCAGGAAUGCACCCUCUAUUCGGAAUCUUCCUGUUGCUAUGCAAGCUUCACAGAGCAAUUGGCUCAUUCCCCAGUAAUUAAAAUAAACAACAGCUACUGGAACAGAUGUGGGCAGCUCAGUAAAUCCUGUGAAGAUUUCACGAAGAAAAUUGAGUGCUUUUACCGGUGUUCUCCCCACGCCGCUCACUGGAUCCAUCCCAGCUACACUGCUGCUAUUCAAUCUGUCCCGUUGUGCCAAAGCUUCUGUGAUGACUGGUAUGAAGCCUGCAGAGAUGAUUCCAUAUGUGUUCGUAACUGGCUGACCGACUGGGAAUGGGACGAAAGCGGAGCAAACCACUGUAAGAGUAAAUGCAUCCCAUACAGUGAGAUGUAUGCAAACGGGACCGACAUGUGCCAGAGUAUGUGGGGGGAGUCAUUUAAGGUGAGCGAAUCCUCCUGCCUCUGCUUGCAAAUGAACGAGAAGGACCUGAUGGCAGCCAAGUAUCUCCUCUCGGACAGCUCGGAGGAGAGCUCCAGCGUGAGCAGCAGCGAGGAGCGGGCCUGCCAAAGGAAGCUCCGCAAGCUGCAGAAACUGAAGCGAGAGCAAGGGGGAGAGACGAGAUGAAUGUUGGUGGAUGUGUGUCAGGAGGAGAGAAAUGCUUGCGGGGGCCAGGCUGAGUGCACCGUGCCAGUCUGCCUUACCCCUUAUUUGUGAAAACAUAAUAAAUCAGUGCUUGCUUAUAUUAA